AAGACAAAAGGAGACAGGCAGCGCACUGGCAUUCAUGGUUGCAAGAACCAGCUUUAUUUCUUGAAAGCAAAAAGCCCACCAAGAAAAACAGAGCACACUCAUUUCUUCUUCACUACACCAACUAAAAACCCUCAAGCUUUUGUCAAUACACUCGUAUGCUGCCUCAAAAUCUCUUCCUAAUACUGCUCCUGGUUCUCACAUUUCCAUGCCUCCUUGGGUCUACAGCUGGAGCCAUUGGGGUCAACUGGGGUGCCAUGUCUUCCCACCCUCUCCUGGCACCCAAGGUGGUGGAGCUCUUGAAGUCCAACAACGUCUCCAAAGUCAAGCUCUUUGAUGCCGACCCGCUCGUGCUGCAAGCUCUCUCUGGCACCAACAUUGCUGUCACCGCGGGCAUCCCUAAUUCCAUGCUCAAAGCUCUCAACUCCUCCAGGAAAGCUGCUGAGAGUUGGGUCCAUGAUAAUGUCACCCGCUACUUUUCUCAUGGUCGAGCUGGAGUUCGGAUUGAGUAUGUUGCUGUUGGAGAUGAACCAUUUCUCCAAAGUUAUGGUGAGCAAUUUCACCCCUUUGUCAUUGGAGCAGCCAUGAACAUCCAAGCAGCUUUAACAAAAGCAAACUUGGGAAGCGAAGUUAAAGUUGUUGUUCCAUGUAGUUUUGAUACCUUCGUGGCAGAAUCCAGCCUGCCUUCAAAAGGACACUUCAGGACUGACCUCAACAAAACCAUGAUCGAACUACUGACAUUUCUCAGCAAACGUCACUCUCCUUUCUUUGUGACUAUUUCUCCAUUUAUAAGUUUCCAACAGAACAAGAACAUAUCCCUCGACUUUUCUCUUUUCAAGGAAAAUGUGCGCACUCAUAAUGACAGCCAUAGAACAUACAAAAACAGCUUUGACUUAAGCUACGAUACCCUUGUUACUGCAUUAUCAAAGAUUGGCUUUCCAGAAAUGGAUAUAGUUGUCGCACGCAUUGGUUGGCCUACUGAUGGAGCAGCCAAUGCAAACACAUCUGUUGCUGAGACAUUUAUGAAAGGCCUCGUUGAUCACCUUCAUAGCAAAACAGGAACUCCGCUCAGACCUCGGAAUCCACCAAUAGAAACAUUCAUAUUUAGCCUCUUGGAUGAGGACCAACGAAGCAUAACCUCUGGAAAUUUUGAAAGACAUUGGGGUGUGUUCACAUUUGAUGGCCAAGCCAAGUACCAUGUUAACUUUGGCCAGGGUUCAAAAAACCUUGUGAAUGCUCAAUUUGUUGAAUACCUUCCUUCAAAAUGGUGUGUUGUAAACAAUAACAAAGAUUUGUCUAAUGCAACUGCAAGUGCUUUGGAGGCGUGUUCUGUGUCUGAUUGUACUGUGCUGUCUCCUGGUGGUUCCUGUUCCAAUAUCAGUUGGCCUGGUAAUAUAUCAUAUGCAUUUAAUAGCUACUACCAGCAGCAUGAUCAAAGGGCAGACAGCUGUGAUUUUGGGGGGUUAGGUCUUGUCACCACUGUUGAUCCGUCGGUUGGUAACUGCAGAUUCUUUGUUGAGCUUCAAACUUCUCAUUCAACUUCUAUUCAUGAGGCAUGUGUCUUUCAACGGAUAAUAUUGCUAAUGCCCUACCUCUUUGCAUGCUUAUUGGUAUUUCACAUUGCGGAUCCUCCUUGCUUUUAAAGUUGCAUCAGGCUUUUUGCUGUGGUAUUUGUGAUGUAUGCCAUUUGGAUCAGUCCCAAAGCUUUCUUUGUUGCUGAUUUCCAGUUGCAAGAGAAGGAUGGAGGGAAAUGGAAAUUGACCUCCAAAUUUUGUUUAUUGGCAGUUCAUUUUGAGCUUGUUUCUGACCCUUUCAUUUGAAAAGAUUUUCCAAUCCAAGUAUAGCAUCAAAGUGAUGAUUUGACAUGAAAGAUUUGGAUCAUUCAACAUUCCCUUUCU